AUGAUGCAGGUCUGGUGUGAUCGACACCAAGUUGCCAUGCAGGACGUGACGUUCCUCCUCGGUACCGUUGCCAUCAAGCCCGAGGACACGCUGUGCAGCCUUAGCUGUAGCCUCGAGGAUGAGGUUGUCGUGAGGGUGGUGCGUCGCGAUUGGAAGCUGCUGGUGAAGAUGGUGACUCAGGGUAGCGAGCUUCUCGUCAUCAGCAUGCAUCAGUCAAUACCACUGAGGAGGAUUAUGAAGGCCUCUGCCCCCCCGACUCGGACCACACACAGAGCCUCGAUGGGUUUGUGUGAAGCCGGUGAAGCAUUUGCCUUCUGUCGGCACGUGGAUGGCCGUGCGACGGCAUUGGCCAGCUUCGAUCCAAAUCGCUGGACAACUUCCGGAAGCGACUGCCGCAACUUCAGGAAGGCCUGUUCUUAG